CACCGAUGGCUGGGUCGGAAACUGCCUUUUAUCAUAGAGUGCCUUGCAUGAAUAAGAAAGGAAAAUGUCAUCGUUAAAGCCAUCUGUACCUCUAUACAUUGUGGAUGCAUUCACAGACAGACCAUUUCAUGGCAAUCCUGCUGCCAUAUGUCUGCUGAAACAGUCGUUGUCUGAGGACGAUAUGCAGAAAAUAGCUGCCGAAAUGAAUUUAUCAGAAACGGCUUACAUUCAGGGAGUUGACGGUGGCGAUUGUGACUUUGAACAUGGAGACAGGUUUGGUUUGAGAUGGUUCACGCCGACCAAUGAGGUGCCUUUAUGCGGUCACGCUACCAUGGCUUCUGCAGCCGUCAUAUUUUUUGUCUGUGACAAUCCGUCGCCUAAGGUAACGUUCCAGACUCUCAGUGGUGACCUGGUAGUCCAGAGACAGGGACGUGGGAUCACCAUGAAUUUCCCUCUCAACACUCCACAACUGGAGAAUUUUGAAAGUGUCGAAAAGUUAUUAAAUUUGGUUAUCAAGAAGGAACUGAUCGACAGCGUACAUUAUUCCAGUGACACAAAGAAACUGUUAGUGAGACUCAACGACACUUGUUCAAGAGAUGACCUGGAGAGCAUCCGGCCAGACAUUACGAAUUUUCAAAAUGUGGAAUCUUCAGGACGAAUUCGAGGUGUCAUAGUGACUGUGAAAGGUGAUAACGGAAAGGCGGACAAACAACAAAAUACAUACGACUUUCUGUCCAGAUAUUUUGCUCCGUGGAACGGAAUACGGGAAGACCCGGUCACAGGGUCCGCCCACACUGUACUGGCCGGCUAUUGGUCGGGGGUUUUAGAGAAGAAGACAAUGCACGCCCGUCAAUGUUCAGCACGAGGCGGUGACGUCACUGUUCAUAUCCGGGACGAUGGGAGAGUGGACCUAACAGGAGAGGCAGCAGUCGUGCUCCGAGGGUUCUCUGACGAUCUAAGAGUUUUCUGCUGGUUACGGAUAAUAAAAAAGUAUCUGUGGUCUGAGGGGAUCAUUGAAUGAUAAAAUUAAUGUUUAGCUGGUUCACUGGGUAAAUGUUUUGGUCACGAUGAGUGACCUAAUGUACUCCCUGUAGGGAUACCAUCAGCCCCUAGAAUAUGUCAUGGUAAAACAAAGGCACAGACUCGCCAUUUGAUCGGUACCAUGCCAAAAACUGAGCAAUCACUAAGCUGGUGACAACAUAUCCCAGAUUCCUGUACACCAGGAUAUCCAAAGAAUCGUCCUUAGGUAGCAGUGACUGCGCCUUCGAUUAGGCCUUGGCAUAUUCCAGAGGGUGCAGAAAGAAAAAGUGAGCAAAACUUCUCGAGUAUCAAGGAUGACUAAUUUCUUAUGAAAAUGACAAAAUCGUUGUUUUUGAACACAUGCAUCGGGUAUAGAGGCAUCACCAACCAUCUCCGACAUGGAAUCGGGAUUUGCCAAUUCAGCAUCACUAACCACUUAACAAAAUUCCUAGGGGAUACUAUUGGCUACGUCCCCUUAGCAGUUAACGACUGCUCAAGACUAGACUUCUGGAAGGCAAGUUUACCUGUACAAAUGAGUUUUCAAAUAUCCUUAGCUGCAUCAUUUUUGAGUUGUUUUUUGUUGUUGUUUUUCCACAUUUAUAUUUUUAAAUGUUACACAAAUGUUAUAAAGUUCCUGUACUUUAUUGUCAGGGGCAUACAUUCUGAGAUUUGUAUAUAAUAAUACUUUUAUUUAACAUUGAAGGAAUCAAAAUAAUCGUUAACAGAUUAGUAAGACUAUUACGGGUGUUCAGUUGAAAUUUUAACUAAAAUGGCACAACUUAUUAAUUUUCACUUCAAAAUAAAUCUUUUAUAUUUUUUACGAAGUAAUGUAAGAAUUGAUUAUCAGAGGCAUACAUUUUUUAAUUAUUUUAAAAACGCUAUAUCAGGUUUUUCCUUAAUACCACUAUGAUCUGUAUAAGAAAAGUGUUCACCUUGAGCGAGAACCCGCGGUAUAUCUCCAAUGGCUGCAUACGCGAAUCUUGUAUUUUGUCAUAAGAAGGCCAAAGAGUAUUCAGUGAUAUGUGGUGUGUUCACAGUAAUUAUGUUGAAAGAUGUAUACACAAAUAUUAUUAAAAAUGUCUAUAAGUAUUGACGAUACACUUUAUUGUUGUUACACUAGUUUUUCAUUAACAUUCCAUGUUGAGUGUUGAGAAGAAAGGAUUCAGAAUAAUGUCUACUUCCGAGUCUUGUGUAUUAUAUGGCCUUUGUACAUUUUGUAUAUAUGUAUAAUAUGGCCUUUGUACAUUUUGUAUAUAAUUAUGUAUAAUAUGACGUUUGUACAUUUUGUAUAUAUGUAUAUGCAUAAUAUUCAAGAUAUUACUAACUUUUUAUUAGUAUUACUUUUUUUUUUAAUUAUAUGAGAAAAAUGUCUUUCGGGUAAUUAUUUUCACUAAAGGUAUAUUGAUUUACAGUGGUGUGUAGAGAACGAUCAUUUGUUUGACCAAUAAUUAUGAAUGAGUGUUGUUAGCAGUAAUGAUCAGUGCUGACUAACACUAAAUAAAAUAUAUAUUUUUUACA